AUGACCAUCUUAUCGCAGCAAGGCUGGUCAGAAUCGCAGCUCGCUUCGGUUUCGCUGGCUAUACUUUCUGUCACCCAGUUUUUGGACUUCCUGAACUUAUCCGCCCUCAACAUCGCAAUCCCUACGAUCGCUGAAGAACUCAAGAUUCCAGCCGGGCUCGAAGGAUGGAUCCUCAUCUCAUACUCUUUGGCGCUAUCCGCCUUCAUGCUGCCAUUCGGAAAGCUGGGAGACGCUUGGGGCCACAGGAACAUAUUUAUUUGCGGCUUGCUGAUCAUGACAAUAGCGAAUAUCUUUAGUGCAAUGGCACCGACCUUGCCAGUACUGGCCACAUUUAGAGGGUUGCAGGGUUUGGGUGCCGCAGCAACAAUGCCGAACGCUUCCGCUAUUAUCGCCCGGAUAUUUCCAGCAGGCGCUCCGCGUAACGCAGCAUUUGCAAAACUGGGCGCUGCAAGUGCCAUUGGCAGCGCCGCCGGGCUCAUCGUUGGAGGUCUUUUUAGCGGGAUAAUUGGCUGGCGUUACGUCUUCUAUGUAUUAGCACCGAUUUGCCUCUUGGUGAUGGUCCUGUCACUCCUGUUCCUGCCCGCCGCACAGGAUGACGAGACAGUGGACAAAGGUUUGAAGGACUUUGACAUUAGCGGGACAUUGACCUGGUUGGUGGGCAUGUCUCUCAUCGUAUAUGUGCUCUCGACUACCAAGGGGGCAGCUUGGAAAGAAGUUCAAACGAUGGUACUUUUAGGCAUCGGCGUCGCUAGUUUCAGCUCCUUCUUCUUCGUUGAACGCAAAGCAGCCCGUCCACUCAUUCCACCAUACUUGUGGCAAAAUCAUGUUAUUGUGGUGAACUCGAUUCUCAUCGCCAUGGUACGCGGCGGAGCGUCCAUGUUUGUCUACCUCAUGUCCCUCAAACUUCAGAGAAUCCUGUUGCUUUCUCCUUGGGAAACGGCAUUGCAAAGUUUACCAAUGGCAAUUGUCGGAUUCUUCUACUCUUUCUUUGUCGGCACCAUCGUGAAAAGGCUUGGAUUCAGUGUACCUGUCAUCCUCGGCUUCGGUAUGGCGGCUUUCGGAUCCGCCUACUUUUCGUUUUCCUUGCACGGUCCAGAUGAAAAUGGUAAUAAUGCCUCAUCGUUUUGGACGUCUACCUUUCCGUCUAGUGUGGUCUUUGUCCUUGGAACUCCGAUGGUGUUCAUUUCAGCGCAGCUCGCGAUGCUCCACGUCGUGGAACCUCGUCAAUAUGCGGUGGUUGGAGCACUGUUCAACACUGCCGGUCAGAUCGGCGGACCUGUGGCACUUGCACUUCUCACGGCAAUUAUGAAUGCAGUACUGGUCAAUAAGGAACGAAGUGGCUGGUCCGAGAAAGAACGGCUGCUGGCCAGUUAUGAUGCGGGGAAUUGGACAAUUGUAGGAUGGGAGUUGGUGGGGUUGGUCAUCGCGGGACUGUUUUGGUUGCGCCAAAAAUUCAUUGAGGAAAAGCGGCAUCUCUCUGUAGACGUGGAAAGUGACGAAGGGGAGAGGCAGCGACUCCUAGGAGAUACCUCCAACCCAUGA